GUCUAUUAUGGGAAACCAGACAAUAUCAAAACAUACCAUAUAUAAUGCUGUCAAGGUCACUCUGUUAUUACACCACGCAACCACUGAAGUUGCAGCAUGUUAUCACUGAUAAACCAACAAAUACAACAAUAUUUUCUCCAUUUUAUUUAAGACACCUAUCUACUAGCAAGUGUUAUUUAGAAAAGGAACCAUUAAAACCAUCUUCAAAAGUUGAAACAACAGUAGUAACAAUAAAAAAAGAAAUUGAAGAAAAAGAAAAGCUUCCAAAGAAACAAGAGCCGAAAAAGAGUUUAAAAGAAAGAAUAAUGGCAGAACUCAGGCAUUACUACCAUGGUUUCAGAUUAUUAUUCAUAGAAGUGCGCAUUUCAGCGAGUUUGCUGUUUAAGAUACUAAGAGGAAAUUCUUUAACAAGAAGAGAACAUAGGUUGUUAGUCACAACAAUUGGAGAUCUCUUCAGAAUGGUACCGUUUAUUGUGUUUAUUGCAGUGCCAUUCUUAGAAUUUGCACUACCACUUUUCAUCAAAUUAUUUCCCAAUAUGUUACCAUCUACAUUUGAAAGUACCAGCCAAAAGGAAGCAAAGUUAAAACAACAUUUGAAGGUAAAGCUUGAAAUGGCUAAGUUCUUUCAAGAAACAUUGGAUCAAAUGGCACCCCAAGCUGGAAAUAGACAUUCUGAAUUAGCCAAGGAAUUCUCUUUAUUCUUUACUAAAAUAAGAACUUCUGACGAUGUAGCUACUAGUGAGGAUAUUAUGAAGUUUUCAAAACUGUUUGAAGACGAAAUAACACUUGAUUCCUUACAAAGACCUCAUCUUGUUGCACUGUGUAAAGUAUUAAAUGUGUCAACAAUUGGUACAAGUGCAAUGCUAAGGUUUAAUCUGAGAAUGAAAUUGCGUUCUUUAGCUGCAGAUGAUAAUAUGAUAGCUAAAGAAGGUGUUGACAGUUUGAAUUUUAGUGAACUACAACAAGCUUGCCGGUCUCGAGGGAUGCGUGCUUACGGUGUGUCUGAGGAGCGUCUACGAAAAGAAUUACGGAAUUGGUUGGACUUAUCACUGAAUGAAAAAGUUCCACCAUCUCUAUUGUUGCUCUCUAGAGCUCUGAUGGUGCCAGAGCAUGUUCCCACAACAUACAAGUUAAAAGCUACAAUUUCGGCUCUACCAGAGCAUGUAGUUAUGCAAACUAAGGCGGCAAUUGGCGAAAAAGAGGGCAAAGUUGACUUCAAGACUAAAAUGGAAGUUAUUCGACUUGAGGAAUUGAGAAUUAAAGAGGAAAACAAAGAAUUAUUGGAAGCAGAGAGGGAAAAGCAAUUGCUUGAAACCAAGAAACAGCAAAAGGAGGAACUUAAGGACAAGGCUCCCAUUCUACAAGAUAUUAAUUCAGUGUUAGUGGACUCUGCACCAGUUAUUGCUGUUGACACUCCAAAGCCGAAGACAGAUGAAGGAUUAUCAGCCAAGGACAUUGAGGUUAUUGACGAUGCUUUAGAAAAAUUAGCUGAACAAAAGAAGUCUUUGCUUUUGGAGAAGGAAAGUAUUCAAGAGCUGAAGACUGAACUUUUGGACUAUAGCGAGGAUGUUAAAGAAAUGGACGAGAUUGUGAAGAGUAAACAGGCCGAUAUUAAACUUACCAAGGGAGCAAGGAGAUUAUACCGUGCCGUCAACAAUAUGAUAGGCAAAUUGGAUGCGGUUUUAGUGGAACUUGAUAAUAAAGAAAAGGCUCUCAAAACCACAUUGGAGCAAACGAAAUCCGAACCGCAAAAGGCAAAGGAGCAUUUGAUCCAGAUUGAUGAGCUGAUGCAUUCCAUUAAAAGUCUUCAGAAAGUCCCCGAUGAGGCCAAACUGAAGUUGAUUCAAGAUGUUUUGGGUAGACUGGAUGACGACUUUGAUGGGCAGUUGAAGAUUGAUGAUGUUUUAAAGAUGUUGGAAAUAAUCGGCAACGAGAACGUAAACCUCUCCGAGAAGCAGAUGGCGGAGCUGAUAGAGCUUCUGGACAAAGAAGAGAUCUUGGAAGUGGAGAGUAAGAUACAGAAAGCUCUGGAUAAAGCGGCCAUCACUGCCAAGGAACAGGAUAAGAAAGAAGAUGGUGAGGGCAAGAGUCUAUUCGACAUAAUCCGUGAAGCGCACAGACGGCGGGUCAUGAAGAAAAAGCAAGCUUCGGAAGUAGAAGCGCCGAUACCAAAGAGUGACGUCAAGGCAGAAGAAGGAAAGCGACCGGAAAGCCAUUGA